AAUACCCAGAGAGAGAGAGAGGAGGUGAGAAGGGAGGACCGGAGGGAGAAGUGAACGGAGGAAUAGGUGAAACUUGGAUGGCUGUGCGCGCUCAUGAGACGUUCGUGCACGCCGAGCUACUUGGACCGCGCUGAAUGAUCUAGACGUGCACGAGCGUGCGCGCCCACACGCACCGUCCUAGGGCCCGUUCACGUUAGUUGUACCGGGCCGGAGCGGAAAAGUCGCACCCGCGCGGUUCCAGCGUGCCUGUCCGGUGCAGGAUGGGGGGCAUGGUUCGUUCCCUUCUUCACUGAUCUGUUUGUUUUGGAUGAGCCGCUGUGUGGAGGCGUGAUCGCGGGUCGCCAUGGCGCAGCUGUUGCACGUGGACAUCCCGAACUUCGGCAGCGCCGUGCUGGUGUCGCUGAACGAGCAGCGCCUGCAGGGCCUCUACUGCGACGUCUCCAUCGUGGUGAAGGGCCAGGCGUUCAGGGCCCACCGCGCCGUGCUCGCCGCCAGCAGCCUGUACUUCCGCGACCUGUUCAGCGGGAGCGCCAAGUCGGAGUUCGAGCUGCCGUCCUCGGUCACGCCGGCGUGUUUCCAGCAGAUCCUGUCCUUCUGCUACACGGGGAAGCUGACCAUGGCGGCCAGCGAGCAGCUGGUGGUCAUGUACACGGCCGGCUACCUGCAGAUCCAGCACAUCAUCGAGAAGGGCAUGGAGCUCAUGUUUAAAGCCAGCUCGCCCCACUGCGACUCGGCCACCGCCGCCACCGACGAGCCCGGCUCCGAGCCUCAGAGUCCCAGCAACCACGCCAACAGUCAACUGAACAACAGCGCCGCCGCAGCCAUGCUGGCGCCACCCAGCUGGUCGCCCUCGCUGCGCAGGGUGAAGAUCGAGGGCAGCGAGACGCCGCUGAACCUCCAGGGAGGAGCGAAGAAGAACCUAGGAGGGCGAGGAAACUCCUUCUUCUACCCCGGAAUACCGGGAAUGUGUCCCGUCGUACCCGGAGAGCGGUCCAGUCCGGGAGCGUCCAGCCUGCCCACCACGGACAGUCCGACCUCUUAUCAGAACGACGACGAGGAGUACGAUGAGGAGAACUACGAUGGGAUCUCGGAGGAACCGUUCGGGCAGAUCUACGGACGCCCUGCCAAUCCAUACGCAGUCCCAGAUAAACCAGACACGGUUCCUGUUCCUCUGGAAAGUCGUCCGUGUGUCCUGCUGCGCCGGGAUCUGGUGGCUCUGCCUGCCAGCCUCAUCAGCCAAAUCGGGUACCGGUGCCACCCGAAACUCUACACAGAGGGCGACCCGGGAGAGAAACUUGAAUUAGUGGCAGGUACAGGAGUGUUUAUGACGAGAGGGCAGCUGAUGAACUGCCACUUGUGUGCUGGUAUUAAGCACAAGGUGCUACUGAGGAGGCUCCUCGCCACCUUCUUCGACAGAAACACACUGGCUAACAGCUGCGGAACAGGAAUCCGCUCCUCCACCAGCGACCCGAGCAGGAAACCUCUGGACAGUCGAGUCCUCAACGCCGUCAAACUUUACUGUCAGAACUUUGCACCGAACUUUAAGGAGAGCGAGAUGAACGUGAUCGCUGCCGACAUGUGCACCAACGCACGCCGCGUGAGGAAACGCUGGCUGCCCAAGAUCAAGUCCAUGCUGCCCGAAGGAAUCGAGGUGUACCGGGGUUCAGGACCGGGACCGAGGGCGGGGCUUAACCUGGGCGUUCCGUUAAACUACGAGCCGGAGUUCAGGCCUCUGCCUCUGUUCGGAGAGCGCAAGGAUCCUGUUAGAACUGCACUGAACACCCAGAGUCCACAGCUGAUCGAGGUCCAGGGCGAGGACGAGGAGGACGAGGAGGAGGACGGUGCCAUGCCCGAGGGAGUGGAGGGGAGUUUAGGGGCGAGUCCCCUCCUGCUGGGCGUGGACGGAGGGGUUCAGGGCCGGCCGGGCCAUGACGGACAGCAGGAGGGGGAGUUUGAGGAGGGUUUUAGAAUAAACGGGCAGUGAGGAGCAGCUGUAGCGCCGCCUGCUGGUGUUUAAGAGAAACUUCUGUCUGUGUUCCAAUACAGAAUUUAAAGCGCCCUUAUUGACUUCCCCUCGAACUGGAAAAAAAGGAUGGACGAGUUUAUAAAUGAACAAAUAAUCAGAAUUCUUCGUUGGUUCCUUGCAAGUAAUGGAUGGAUCGAUUGAAGCUUUUUACAGCUCAAACAAAACAAAACAUUAGGACCACCCGCAAAUAUGCUGAGACAUGGACUCCACAAGACAUCUGAAUGAGUCCUGUGGUACCUGAUACCAGGAAAUUACCAGCAGGUCCUUCAACUUCAGUCCAGUUCCGAUGUCUGGAUGCAAAAUGAAAUCAGACAAUUCAUACAGCCACACAAAACCCAACAGUUAUACACGUACUGACUGCAACCAUUUCCCAAAAACUCUGUCUACUGGACAUGGAACGUCUCUUUUAUUAAUGGAGUGAACUGUGAGUGCUGAGAAAGAAUCUCAGUUCCGGAGUUUUUGCCUUUGCUCCUGUACUGUAAGUUAUUUAAAAGACUGGUGUGAUUUCUGCUGGCUUUAUCACAUUUGCACUUAAAGAAGUGAAGAAGGUGAAGAGACUGAACCGACCCACGACUGUAUGAACCCGAGAGUGAAAUUCUGACGACGUUUCAACACUACGAGCUCGGACAUCUUUUAUUUUCACGUCUUCUAUCAGUGUAUUUCAGUACGUCAUCCAUAGUUUGUGGUUUCUGUCACCGUAUGAUGCUUCAUUUUCAUCACGUCGGACGAUUAUGCACUUGCUUCUAAUUCAGCUUCGUCUAAUUUUUAUUAUUAUUAUUAUUUUAUUAUUUUUGCUUCUUCUUAUGAUUAGAAUCCUCAGGUUUGUUAAAUGUCAGUCAUCUUCUGCUCUCUAAUUCGGCUUCAUGGUGCUUUUGCUCAGCCAAAAAUAAAAAGCAUUUCGACAUUCCGACCCCUCCCUGUACCUGUCGCCCCCCUCACAUACUACGGAUUUAAUCUGUCAAGACGUAAUUGGUGUCAUUUUUGUUUUUAAUUUUGUACUGAAGCUCAUUGAGAAGGGCGGCACGGUGGCUUAGUGGGUAGCACUGUCACCUCACAGCAAGAAGGUCCUGGGUUCGAUCCCCAGGUGGGGCGGUCUCGGUCCUUUCUGUGCGGAGUUUGCAUGUUCUCCCCGUGUACACGUGGGUUUCCUCCGGGUGCUCCGGUUUCCUCCCACAGUCCAAAAACAUGCCACCAGGCUAAUUGGAAACACUGAAUUGUCCUAUAGAUACCUAUCCGAUAGAUAGCCCGGAUGAAUAGGGAGGGUUGUGUCAGGAAGGGCACCCGGCGUGAAAACUGUGCCGCCCACGACCCCUAACGGGAAGAAGCCGGAAAUGCCGACCCCGUAACCCAAAAACGGCUGAGGAACAAGACUGAAGCUCAUUGAGAAUUUCGAUUGUAAUUAGUGCCGGUGUAGCCAUUCAUUCAUUCAUUCAUUCUCACCAAACGCUUCACCCAUCAGUCUCAUGGACUAGUAAUCAAAAGGUUGCCAGUUCAAGCCCCACCACCACCAAGUUGCCACUGUUGAGCAAGGCCCUUAACCCUCAAUUGCUGUGUGAAAAUUGUGUUCAGUCAUAGCUGUAAGUCGCUUUGGAUAAAAGCCGAAAAUGUAAUUGUAUAAACACUGCAUCAAUAACCCUCGUAAUUAUUCAUUAAAUUAUUAAAAUCAGUUUUAUAAAUAAAGCACAACUUUAUCCAGGCCCUCGGGUGGCACAGUAGUCACUCACUCUAUCCCUCCACUGAUAGGAUCUUGGUUUAAAUCCCAAGCGGUUCUUUUGGCCGGUCAGACGGCCACAUACAGAGGUGAUUGGCUGUGUCUGAGGGGGGAGACGGACAACUGAGACUCAUCAGUGGAUCAGCGUCCUGUCCCAGUGGCGACUCUGACACAUUUUGAUUAUUUUGUUGCUUCUUUUUGUAGCUGCUGUAGGCUUAAACAGACCUGAGGAUUCUGAUCCUUCCAGAACAAAACCUGCUGCAUGUUUGUAUGAUUUAUUAAAUGUACAGUAGGAUUAUUUAGGACAGUUUCGGAUGUUCAGAGAGGUGUCGUCAUACUGACAUGAAAUUCUGCUUUAAACAGUCCACGUAUGACUGAACUGUAGUAAACGACGUACUGUAUUACCAUCAGAUGAACUAACCCUGUUUCCUAGGCGUCCAGUCGAACCGUGGACGCUGUGGUUUCAUCUGAUCUGUAAUAACCUCCUGAUUCCUGAACUGCUCUUAACGGAUGUAAAAUGUUGCACUAGAUGCUGAGAGAAUGUUAAAUGCUAACUAAUCGGUAAAAUAAGCCGUCGUUGCUAGCAUAACGCUGUCCCAUGGAGCGACAGGCUAAUUUAUGUCCUUUGUGUUCUAUAGCUGAUCUUUUGUUCAGACCGCGCGGUCUCUAAACCUCGGCGCUAAUUAAACGCCGAUUGCUUUUGCACAAUGCAACCUGAAAGUGUCGCUCGUGAAAUACGAAACGUGAUGGUGGUGUUUUGGAGAGAAAUGUGCCACACAGCUCUGAUUUAUCAGUGAUGCUUAGAAGUGCUUUAUCAGUUUGUACCCUUACUAAAAAAAGUCGAUUGGUUUUUGAUGGGGGGUCAGAUAACACAACCCAAGCUUGUGUUGUGAUUGGCUGGCAUUUGAUUUGUCCUAGAAAAUCCACAUCCAUUGAAUUAAAAUGAUGCAGCUUUUACAGAA